AUGAGCUGGCAGUCUAACGCUCAAGGCAAAAGAGCGAGUCUUAUCGAGCUGAUCCCGCCAAAAUGGCGAAUUCCAACUUCCGAUAUCCCAUCCGUCACCAGACUUCGCGACUUUGGUGAAUACAUAUGUCGGUUUCUUGAUCGGCGGGAGCUGGAAAUCACCAAUGCACCCAGCAGUAGGAUUUUGGCCAACAUCCGAUCUGGAGAAUGGACAUCCGUGGAUGUCACCAGAGCUUUCUGUCAUCGCGCAUCAGUCGCGCACCAGCUGACCAAUUGCUUAUCGGAAAUCUGCUUUGUGGCCGCAGAGCAACGGGCCAAAGCGCUGGAUGAGUCUUUUCUUCGGACUGGCCAGACGGUAGGACCACUACAUGGACUUCCGGUCAGUCUGAAAGACAGGUUCAAUAUCGAGGGACUCGAGUCUGCUUGCGGCUAUGUGAGCUGGCUUGGGAAAGAAAAAAGUGAAAAUAACGAGGGCAUAUUAGUCAAGCGGUUACGUCGCAUGGGCGCUGUCUUUUUCGUUAAAACCAACGUACCGAUGAGUAUGCUGAUGGGAGAGACUAAUAACAAUAUCAUCGGGUCCACGAUAAAUCCAUAUAAUCGCAACCUCUCUGCCGGAGGAGCUUCGGGAGGCGAGGGCGCACUGCUGGCUUUGAAAGGCUCUCCAUUGGGUUGGGGAUCUGACAUUGCUGGAUCGAUUCGCAUACCGUGCGCUUUCAACAACCUCUUUGGGCUGCGUCCGUCAUUCGGGCGUCUGCCUGCUAGUGGAAUGGCCACAAGCUUGCCAGGUUUGCCAGUCAAUGGAAGCGUAGUUGGUCCUAUGGCAGGUGAUUUACCGACAAUAGAAAUGGCUAUGAAGGUAGUGCUCGAUACUUUCCCUUGGCAAGAUGAUUGUGAUGUUUUAGAGAUGCCUUGGAGAGAAGAGAAGCUUCAAAACAUUCGGAGUAGGACGGCUCGACACCGCGAGAGAGAUGGAAAGCUUGUCUUUGCCGUCAUGAGUUGUGAUGGAAACGUACAAGUACAUCCGCCGGUGCAGCGAGCUAUGGCGCUCGUCACGAAAGCUCUUUUGCAACGAGGCUAUGAGGUUAUCGAAUGGCAGCCGCCACCGCAUCAUGACGCAGUUCAGACUCUAUUCCAAAUACUCGGAAGUACAGCAGGGAAGGAGGUUCGCAACGCUAUAGACGCAAGCGGGGAACCUCCUGUCCAUCAAUUACAGACCUGGUACGACAACGAUAACGUGGAACCUUCGUCCAGUGCAGAAUUUUGGGAUCUUUGUAAUCAACGAGACCAGUAUCGCUCGGAAUACAACCAAUAUUGGACAUCAACGCGAGAAAAAAACGUUGCCAAAAGACAAGUGGACGGUGUCAUCAUGCCUGUGGCUCCAACGGCGGCGGUAGAAGAAGGGUGCUUUAAUUACUACGCCUACUCCGGCAUUGUCAACCUCCUCGAUUACACUUCCGGCAGCUUUCCCGUCACCUUUGCCGAUCGUUCUAUUGAUGUCGAGACACCUGACCACGUUCCCUUGAAUCCGACCGACCGUGCAAUAUGGCGCACAUAUCAGAAAGACUUGUUUGACGGAGCCCCUGUUGGUCUACAGGUCAUGGGCAAACGCUUCGAGGAAGAAAAGGUCUUGGGCCUGAUGGAGGCGCUGACUGCCGCGUUGCAGGAUUUCUCGGUUGGUCAGAUAGGCGAGCCAAGCAGCCCCUUUUGA